GGUGUGGUGUGUUAGUCCCUUACAGGUGUGCUGUAAGACAAGUGUUGCAGAAAGGAUUCCACAAACUGCUGGCAUGUGUUUGUCCUAUGGAUCCAGGUUUUGGCAGGCUUGUCCAAUGCAGUGAAUUGUGGGAUGGGUGGAAUGCUAAUAACUACUGUGGCUCUUCAGAGUUUGCGUGAAGGGACAAUCUCUACUCUGCAGGCAAACAUGAAAGAAGAUUUUAUAAAAAUCUUAUCAAUCAGUAAGGGAAGCUGUUGGUAAUAUCGUGUAUACCAUGUAUUUAGAUGUUGCUCUGUUAAGAGUAAAUUGAGUCUCCAUGUCUAGUUCAGUUCUUUGCUUAUCUGUUGUCAUUAACAGUUGUGAUGUAGAUAUCUAUAUGCUGGACACAGGUGGAAAUAUUCUUACUGAUGCCACUAAUGACUCUUGAAUAGCAACAAAAGCUUUCCAUUGGUCUUGACCAAACUGGAGCCAAUGAAGUGAAAGGUUCCUUCCCUUGUUGUCACAAAGCAUGCCCUUAUCUUAUAUUGAAUUAUUUAUACAGCCUAGCAGACAGGAUUAGUAUUUUAUGGACAAAAAGGAUUUGCUAUGGCAAAGGAUGUUACAAUUUUAAAUUAUAUUUAACAUACCAAAGACUGACAAAGUGAGAGGAUGGAAACGAACAUGGGACGAUUACUGUUACAUAUGCAUCAUCUUUGGUCCCUUGUCAUUUUUUAACAAAGAGGAUAUUUGCAAAGGUACAAAGGGUGGUCAGGCACUCACCUCCUACUGAUGCUCAAGAGAAGUCAGGUGCUUAACUGCCCUAUUUGCCUUUGAAAAUCUACCCUUAUAAUUUGGAAGCAGUGUGUCCCGAGUGAGGGCUGGAGUGGAGGACAGCGAUGGAAGUGUAACUAUUUUGAGAAGGAUUUGAAGACUAUAGUGCUCAGACGUGGGAGGAUGUUCUAGGUAUAGAAUGCAGGAGAGUGCAUAGUUGCUUGUAGAAAAGUCAAACGUGCAUAGCAUAGAGAGCACACAGAAAGGAAGGGAGGCAACUAGAUAUGAGAUGGGAGGCAGAGCUGUGUAUAGCCUUGAAAGGCAGGAAGGAGUGUUGAACGGGAUACUGUGGGAAAAUAAAAUCCAUUAUAAACUUGAGUGUGGGGUGGUGCAGGUGAUAGAGCAGUGGUGAGGAAGGUGAUCUUGGAGUUGAAGAGUCAAGGUGCCAGAGAGGAGAGUUUGAUGUUUUUGUUACAGUUGUGUUAAGUCUUUUUGUCCAGCUCAGAUCUUCAGCUAUCUAAAAGCUACAAAUCGUCUAGGAUGGAAACAAGCACUCUAGAUAUUGUAUCCUUUUAAGCUGAAUGAAGUCUGAGAAUAACUCAGAGCAAAACUCACCAGCAUCAAAAAACUCAUUUUCUAGUGGUUCCACAUACUAGUGAAACUAUACAGGGUAAUUCACAGACAGACUGUAAAACUUUGUAUAGGUAAAAGUUGUUAUAAGCUAAUUGUGAGUAGCAAAAAGCAGCCAUUAAAAGGGCAGGAAAUUGUAGAGUAAGCUUACAAGAAACCCAAACAUUUGAAAAUAUGCAAAUUCACAGUUAAGGUACCCACACUACCUUAAUAUUAAUUCUGGACAAUUUCAGUAUCCCAUCUUUUCUGUGACUCUUGUAGCUGCUUUGUAAGAUGCUGGUUUUGGGUUGUUGACUUUUUCUAAGAACUUUUGAGAGGGCUCCAGCCUAUGGUUUAAACAGCCAGUGAACUUGUAGGAUUCACAAGUGGGAUAAAAAAUGUAUACCUGAGCACUGGCUUUUCCUGAUUCAUGUCUCCAUUGUUGGUUACAUUACAUCUAAUGACACUGGAUCAGCAUCAGAAGGCUCAGUCUGCUGUCUACCAGGGUACUGAGCACCCUCAGCAACCUUGCAUGACUGGGCCCUCACAGGGUGAGGAGUGAUUACCUUCAGUGAGCUAGUUGUGUUUAGGAAUUUUUUAAAUAACAUUUUCUGUGGAGUGGCUUUGACAUUUAGUAAGGCUAGAUGUGGCAUAAUCACUGAACGAAUAUAUCAUUCUAUUCUUGUCACAGAUAACACUUUCUUAUUGAUAGAUAACAGUAGUCUGAAUUUCUGAUAUUUUCAUGCGAGUGCUAAGAGGCAAAGUGCUAAGUAUAUAUUUAAGGUAGUUUGGUAAGUUAAUUGUGCAUUUCCACAUGCACAUCCAAAUAUCUGGGUUUAUUAUAUGCUUUAUUUCUGAAUUUCUUGCUUUGGUUUCUUUUAUUUUGUUUUGCUAAAAGCAGUGUUCUUAAGAAUAUUUAUCCCUAAGUUAAUGCUAGGUAUUAGCCUUAAUUUAAUAUUGACAUUUUUUGUCUGAGAAUUUCCUUACUUUAAACAAAUCCUAAGUUGGGAAUAUAAGGUAUCUAAAACAAUAUGAUACUUCUGUGAUAUUUAGCUGACUGCACAAAUCAGAAAACUUCAAUUUUUCUUAUGACUAGAUGUAAAAGAUUGUUUAAAUUGUUUUCAUUCGCCAUUACCUGAGUUUGAUAUUCAGUUUAGAAUGGAAUAGUUGUGGCCUGAUUUUCAUAGGUGCUAACUUCAGUUGACUUACAUGGAAUUUACAGGAGCUAUAGGACUUCUGAAAAUUGUGCCAAAAAAUGUAAGCAAAGAACAGAUUUCAACCAGAUAUCAGUAUUCAUGGAGGAGAAACAUUUUAUGGUUUGGUCUUGUAAAAUAUAGACAACAAGGUGCUGAGAAAGUGGUUUCAUUGCCAAGACAUCAUCUCUUCUCUCCUUACAGACACUUCCACCCUGCCCCCAUUCCAAAGACUGACUCAAGUCCUCGUGACAAAAAAGUAACCUAUUGAUACAAGUACUAGCUGCAAUGCGAGAACCUAUACAAGUGAAUGCAGAUCUCUAGGCAGAAUAGAAGAGAUGGAGCCAGCUCACAGGCCAGCAUGACUUUUAUGUGGGGAAAGUGGUGGCAAACCUCUUACUUUAUACCUUGUAAUUAUUUUUUGCACUGAGAAAAAUUGCAGUGCAGUGCAGCGGGGGAGAGAGUGUCAGUCACUGUUUGUACAGUAUCUAGCACAAUGGGUGCCCAAGUUGGUUGGUCUCUCGGUGCUACUGUAACGUAAAUAUCAAAUAAUAAUAUUAAAACAUUUAUAAUGGUCAAGAGUUUCAAACGUAAUUAGUGAUUUUGGGUGCUGUCAUGUACUCUGUACACAUUAGGUUGUAGGGCUGCUACGAGCAGGUUAGGCUUCUGUACCAGGUUUGCACUGGCUACAGAGCUUCCAUCCUGGAGAGAGAUACAAAAGAUGUGUUCUCCUUAAGAUACUUGAAUGCACUGCCCAGUAUGGCUGUUACCAACUGAGGUAAGGUAUGUUACGCACGAAGCCACCUACUUAGCAUUCCACCACAGGUGCCUCAAGUUUUGGCUGUCCAACUUGAGCCACAUCAAAAUGGCCUGCCUUUCAGAAAGUGCUGAGCACCCACCCUCAAAAAAUCAGGCCCCUUCAAAGGUUCAAAUUGACCGCUCAUAGUCGCUACUUUUGAAAAUGUCGGCUGUUGUGUUUUUUUUUCUCAUUUCAGCCAUUCACUUGAUUGUAGCGUGUUUGAAUUUAAUAGCAAAGGGAGAUUUCAAAAUAACAGGCUCAAAUGGAAUUAUUUAAUUAAAAAGGUUAAAGAUUAAUACAGUAUUAGACUACAUAAAGAAAACCUCCAUUAUCUCCUCCUGUUAAUGGUGAAAGGACGGCACCCUGUUCUCUUCCUUGGUAACUGAUGGAAUUCUGGCUGUGGUCAUUCCCAAACUAAUUCCCAAACUCUCUUUUCUUUUAUAGGGUGUGAGGCAAAAAUUACCUUCCCACUCUUAAUUUCACUAUGUGUUCUGUUUUUGAUCUCUCAUUUUAUAUAAUUACUUACAGAAUUUAUUUUAUGGAAACUUAGUUUACAUGAUUAAUAAGCUAAAGGAAUUUCUAGUUCAGUUAUUAAGAACACCUGUUGUAAUAAGCACUUCCUUUGAGUUAAAAACAUCUUUCAAUGGGUCAUAAUUUCAUAAAUCGCAGAAAAAUCUGUGAUGACAAAUGUCCCUUAUAAAUGACAGAACAUAAUUGAGAUUAUAAGCACUCCCUUAUCAAUUACCCCGUCUUAUUUAUUUUAACAUACUUCUGUAGGGUCCCUUCCCUAGAUGUCUUGGCUAUCUUAGUAAAAGAUUACAUACGUUCCAUUACUGGGUUCACUUUCCCUUCAUGUACUAGGUUCAACUGAAGGACAAAGAACUUUUCAGUUUCAGUAGGUAUAGGGCAGUAAACAUAUAAAUAUACAACAUAAAAAGGAUUGUGGUUAACAUGUAAAAGAAUUAUGAGAGUUUAUGGAAAUUAUGAAAGGUUCAUAUUUACGAGCAGGAUUACUUAAGUUAAAUCAACAAAAACUUCUGAGAAGUUAUAGUAAGGAAUAAAGGUGGAGUUUAGAUUAGGUGUAUCCUACAUUUUAGAGAAACUCUCAUUUUUAUUUUUAGUAUUCCUAUUAUGUGUGCUCUGUGAUUAUUAGAUUAAUUCCAAACGAGGCUGAAGUUCUCUUGAAUCUAGCCAACUCUUGUCUAGAUCUUCUGAAAUGUUUCACAAGAAGUUGAAGGAAAAAGUGUGGGAGCAUGUGACAGCUAAUCUCUUUAGCAAUAAGACUCUGAAAUGGAUGAUAAGCCUUCUCAGUAACAUAAUUGUGUUAGGCAUCUUUGUUAAGUACAAGGAACUUCGGACAGCAACAAAUGCAAUUAUUAUUAACCUGGCUUUUACCGACAUCGGUGUUAGUGGCAUUGGUUAUCCUAUGUCUGCUGCUUCAGACCUACAUGGAAGCUGGAAAUUUGGGUACACCGGAUGCCAGAUCUAUGCUGCCUUAAAUAUCUUCUUCGGAAUGGCAAGUAUCGGGUUGCUUACAGUUGUUGCAAUUGAUCGUUACCUGACAAUCUGCAGGCCUGAUAUAGGAAGAAGAAUGACUACCCGCAACUAUACUUCCCUGAUCCUAGCUGCCUGGAUAAAUGCUGUCUUUUGGGCCUUGAUGCCUAUUGUUGGGUGGGCUAGCUAUGCCCCAGAUCCAACAGGAGCCACCUGCACAAUAAACUGGCGGAAAAAUGAUGCGUCCUUUGUUUCUUAUACAAUGACCGUAAUUGCUGUUAAUUUUGUCGUGCCCUUAACAGUCAUGUUUUACUGUUACUACAAUGUUUCCUGCACAAUGAAGCAGUACACUACCAGUAACUGCCUGGAGAGCAUCAACAUAGACUGGUCUGAUCAAGUAGAUGUAACAAAGAUGUCUGUUGUGAUGAUUGUGAUGUUUCUGGUGGCUUGGUCUCCAUAUUCCAUUGUAUGCUUAUGGUCUUCCUUUGGAGACCCAAAGAAGAUUUCCCCUGCAAUGGCCAUCAUAGCACCUCUAUUUGCAAAAUCUUCCACAUUCUAUAACCCCUGUAUUUAUGUCAUUGCAAACAAAAAGUUCCGGAGAGCAAUCCUGGCAAUGGUUCGAUGUCAAACUCGGCAGGAGAUCACUAUUAAUAACGCUUUACCAAUGAGUGUCUCUCAAAGCACGCUAACAUAAUGAGGCUGCUCAAAAGCACUGCCACUUUAUUUACCCUACAGUAUAUGUUUUGUACACUACAUGGAAAUAAGUGGUCAAACCUGGGCCACAAUUAAAUUUGUAUCACACUGUAAUAAUCCAGUCCAACAAGCCAGUUGUUUUUCUCAUUGUCUCAAUAAUAUUUAAUACAGUUUUUUUUUAAAUGCCAAGAUUUUAGUACUGAAGACUAGGUCAAUUGGCAUAAUAUGCUUAUCCCUCUCAAAAGGUGAUUGUGAAUGCUCAGUGUGUUUUGUAACUCUUGGAUAGUGGGAUAAAAUGAUGUGGGAGGGAGAAUAAAGCAGGACAUGCUUAAUUGUGCUAUAGUAACAGAAAUAAAUUUUGUGUAUGCAUAGUUCUUUUGGUAUGUGUAAUUUCCCCCUUUGAACUCUAAACCAGUUCUCAAUACUUCAGGCACAGUACUACUGUAUCCUGCAUUUCCCUCAAUGUCUUAAAUGCACAGAUUGAUCUGACCUGAAAAGUUUGCUUCUGUGAGUACUGUAGAAUGCAGGCGUAUUUAAACUCCAGUGUUGCCAACUCUCUUUAUUAUCAGUUUUGUGGUAUUUUGGUAGUUUUCUGGCUCCUGGAGCCAAGUGAUUAUGUGAGAAUCUCAGCUUUCAUUUUUAAAAUAGUAAAAUUCUAACCUUUGUGCCUGAAGAGAAAAAUCUUGAAACUGUGACCCAAGCACAUGUUAAAAGUUUAAACCAAAAGGCAAGUAAAAAAACCCCAAAUUUAUUAUUUUAAGGUAAUCUCAUGAUUUUUGAGGCCUGACUCAUGGUUUUUGAAUGCCUAGCACUGGCCAUCUUGGGAAUCAGUUUAUUCAGGGCUGAAGGGAUGAAUAUCUUUUCAAAGAUUCAAUUGUAGGUGGUAGUUAACUUGAUAUUGGUAUUUCUGAUGUUUGGAGAAUAAAUAUCUUGUCUGCUGGUAAUAUAAAAUAUGAACAACACUCAGGCAGAUCUUAACUAAAACAGCUUCAUCUAACUACAACUACUUACCAUAUUGAGUCCACUUCCUAUUACCCAGUUCCUGUGUCUUUUUUAAAGUGAUACAGACUCUUUUGGAAUGCUGGAUGUUGAACUCUUUACUUUGCAUUAACAAUAAAAUAAAGAGAGAGAAUAUAGUUUGUUCUGAAAUCCACUAAUCUGUUCUAAAAAGCAAACAUUCUAAUGCUUCAAGGAAGAACAAAGAACACACAUUUUAAAGCACAAUCUAAGGGGAUUUCACUUCACAUGAUAUUUUUGGUGCUAUCAACUGAUAAUCAAUAGAUGGCUCCAACAAUUAGUUUAUUUUUUGACUUUUAUUAACAUUUAAGUUUUGUGUGAAGUCCUCUAUAUUCUUUUCAGAAUACAACUAUUAUUUUAAACAUAUUUAAGCUUUCUGGUAAAGCCUGAAAAAAUUGUCUAAAAAAAGUUGUAAAACCUAACUCAUUGUGCUAUUAAUCUUGACUGUUUUUAAUAUUAAAAUGCAGGUACAUUCUGCACUGUAUAGUUAUUCAGUCUUAGAAUAUGCCCCUUUCAGUACUUUAAGUACUUUUAGCCCCUUUUAGUACUAUCUUUGACAUGUUACACUUAUAUAGUACACUUCCCUCCAGAAUCUCAGAAUGCUUUACAAAUCUUAGCUAACUAAACUGCACAACACCCCUGUGAAGUAAAGGGAUAUGUUAAAAUAUAUCUAGUAAAUCUGUAUUCAAUAUAGUUAACUAUAAAGAUGAUUUCCUGAUAUGUGAUAGAUAUAAUUUUAACAGAAUAUGUUCCUUUGACAUAAUAAAAAACAAGCUGGUUCAACUGAUCCCUUUCAGGAUACAUUUGAAGGUUAAGUAGCUACAGAUCUCAGCUAAUCCAGUGUAAUCUGCUAUUACUAAAUGGAUGUCUACAUUCACAUUCAUAGCACACAGCACACGAGUGCCUGGGAAUAAAAGUUUUUAGAUUGUGUUCA